AUGGCCCUUGUACUGAAUGAAACAAUGGGAGACCUUGAUAUCCCAACAAUUCCGACAUCACCUUCAAGCAUCGUUCUCCUUGCAGCUGCCAGGAAUUAUGAAUUGAAAAAUAUUCACUUUAAUAUGAUGCCUUCUUUUCAUGGUUCUGGUUCUGAAGAUCCUUUAGCUCAUAUUAGAGAUAUUUUUAACAUGGUUUCUAACAUGGCUUUGACAGAGGGAGUCACUGAAGAACAUCUCAGGAUGAAAGCACUACGCGUUUCGAGUAAGGCUGCAGUGAAUAACUAUGCAGGUGGAUCUAUUAAGAACAAGACGCCAACUGAAUGUCAAACCUUGUUUGAUACGCUAGCAAUCGAAACACAGCAUUCUGAUACAAGAGGUAAGCGUGCCGGAAUUUAUGAAAUUGGUAGUUCUAAUGCUUUUGCUUCUAAAGAGCAGGUUGACGCUAUAACUAGUAAAUUGGACGCCUUGCUUGCUAUGAAUGGGAGAGCACCAACACAAGAGAUUUGCUCCAUUUGUGCUGUUCCCGGUCAUGCCACCAUAUCGUGUCCUCAUGGAGUUGAUUUUCCAGAAUUUUUGCAAGAACAAGCCAACAUGGUGAAUACCUAUAGACGUCCCGGCAAUGAUCCAUUCUCCAACACAUACAAUCCGGGAUGGCAAAGGCACCCCAAUUUUUCAUGGAGCAAUAAUCAGAACGUACAAAAACCACCAGGUUUUCAACCACAAGAGAAGAAAAAUAACUUGGAAGACAUAAUCGCACAACUCGCCACAAAUACAAAUCAAUUCAUGAGCAAGACUGAGACGACCCUACAAAAUCAAGCCGCUUCCAUUAGAAAUUUAGAAGUUCAAAUGGGUCAAUUGGCGAGUGCACUCACGGUACGAGAAAGAGGAGUUUUGCCCAGCCAAUCUGAGGUUAAUCCGAAAAAUCAAGAGCAUGCGAAGGCAAAUACACUUCGAAAUGGGAGACCCAUCAAAACCGCUAUAGAUUUGGACAUAGAAAAACACCACCAGCAGUUGAGAGAUACGGGAAAAGCUGAAGAAAAUGCCCGAAGCUCCACCGAAAAUUCAGCAACAACGACAAUAAAUUUGGAAGAGAAGACCAAUGAGCAAGCAUCCACAAAUCUCACCCCAAAAUCCUAUGUUCCAUCGAUUCCUUUCCCACAACGCCUGAAGAAAAAUAAGAAGGAUGCACAAUUCUCCAAAUUUCUUGAAAUUUUUAAGAAAUUGCAAAUUACCAUUCCAUUUGGUGAAGCACUGGACCAAAUGCUGAACUAUGGAAAGUUCCUCAAGGACAUCUUAAGCAAAAAGAGGCGUUUGGAAGACACAGAGACGGUGAAGUUGACGGAGGAGUGCAGUGCAGCAAUACAAAGGCAAUUACCACCUAAGCGAAAGGAUCCAGGGAGUUUUUCUAUUCCUUGCACCAUUGGCACUAUUUCUUUUCAAAGAGCUUUAUGUGAUCUAGGUUCUAGUAUAAAAUUAAUGCCUUUAUCUAUUGCUAAAAGAAUUGGUUUGGGAGAAAUUAAGAAAAAUACUAUUUCUUUGCAGAUGGCGAAUAGAUCCCUUACAUAUCCUCACGGAAUUCUUGAAGAUGUACUAGUGAAGGUGGAUAAAUUCAUACUUCCAGCUGACUUCAUUAUCUUGGAUAUGGAAGAAGAUGUCAACAUUCCAAUUAUUUUAGGCCGCCCAUUCCUCAUUACCGGAAGAACAUUAAUUGACGUAGAAAAAGGUUCUUUGAUCCUACUAGUAGCUGAUCAAGAGGUGGAAGUCAAGGUUUUUGAUGCAGCCAAAUACCCCAUUGAUUCAGAGUAUUGUUUCCAAUUAGAGGUUAUAGAUCAUGUUGUUCGACGACAAUUCAAAGUGGAGUACCCGAAAGAUCCAUUAGAAGCAAGUUUGGUCCAUGAGAUAGAGAUUGUAAACGAGGAGCCACGCAUGCUUGAAAUGGUGAACUUGCUGGAAGCUACACCGUCGUACAAACCACCCUUCCACCGAGAAUUUGAGCCACUUGGUGCCGCCGCCACCAAGCCCGUCCCAAGCACCGUUGUCGCACCAACCCUCACUUUAAAGCCACUACCCUCGCAUUUAAAGUAUGCCUAUCUUGGUACAGCUCAAACUCUCCCCGUCAUUAUUAACUCUGAGUUACUUGAAAAGGAGGAAGAAAAAUUACUUCAAGUUCUAAAAAAGCAUAAAACAGCUAUUGGGUGGACCAUUGCGGAUAUUAAAGGGAUUAGUCCUUCUACAUGCAUGCAUAGAAUUGUAUUGGGGGAAAAUUUCAAGCCAACAAUAGAAAAUCAAAGAUGGCUAAAUCCAAAUAUGAAGGAAGUUGUUCGUGCUGAAGUUCUCAAGCUUCUCGAUGCUGGAAUUAUUUAUCCAAUUUCGAAUAGUAAUUGGGUAAGCCCAGUCCAAGUAGUGCCAAAAAAGGGAGGAAUCACGGUAGUAAAGAAUGACAACAACGAGCUCAUUCCUACAAGGACCGUGACCGGUUGGCGUGUAUGUAUUGAUUAUAGGAAGCUCAACACCGCAACUCGUAAGGAUCACUUCCCUUUGCCGUUUAUUGAUCAAAUGUUGGAGAGGUUAGCUGGCCAUGCCUAUUAUUGUUUUCUAGAUGGCUAUUCGGGAUAUAAUCAAAUCCCAAUAGCGCCCGAAGACCAAGAAAAGACUACCUUCACUUGCCCCUUUGGUACCUUUUCCUAUAGAAGCAUGCCAUUCGGUUUGUGCAACGCCCCUGCUACUUUUCAACGUUGCAUGAUGAGUAUAUUCUUUGAUAUGGUGGAGCGCUUUAUUGAAGUAUUCAUGGACGAUUUCUCUGUUUUUGGGUCAUCAUUCGAUUCUUGUCUCUCAAAUUUAGCCUUGAUUUCAGCCAAAGGGAUUGAGGUUGACAAAGCCAAGAUAGAUACUAUUGCCAAUUUGCCACCACCUACCUCCGUGAAGGGAGUCCGAAGCUUCCUUGGUCAUGCCGGGUUCUAUCGUCGUUUCAUUAAGGAUUUUUCAAAGAUUACGAAGCCAUUAUGCAAUCUCCUUCUCAAGGAUGUCACAUUCCACUUUGAUGAUCAAUGCUUGGAGGCUUUCAAGAUUCUAAAGGAGAAACUUACAUCCGCUCCAGUCAUUAUCGCACCAACUUGGGAAGUACCGUUCGAAAUUAUGUGCGACGCGAGUGACUAUGCUGUAGGGGCUGUUUUAGGCCAAAGGAAAGACAAAUUGCUUCAUGUGAUUUCCUACGCUAGCCGAACUCUCAAAGAUGCCCAAUUGAAUUAUGCCACAACCGAGAAAGAGCUACUAGCCGUUGUCUUUGCCUUAGACAAGUUUCGUUCCUAUCUCAUUGGUUCUAAGGUAAUUGUUUACACCGAUCAUUCCGCUUUGAAGUAUUUAUUAUCAAAAAAAGAUGCAAAACCACGGUUGCUUCGAUGGGUAUUGUUAUUACAACAGUUUGAUUUGGAAAUACAAGACAAAAAGGGGUCUGAAAACGUCGUGGAUGAUCAUUUAUCUCGGCUGAUCCAAGAUAGAGACAAGGAAAAACUAGCUGCUGCCAUACCUAUAGCUGAGACAUUUCCCGACGAACAACUCUUCAGCAUCCAAUCUUCCAUUGCCCCUUGGUAUGCCGACUAUGUCAACUAUUUGGCUAGUAAUGUCCUUCCACCCGACAUGACUUUUCAACAAAAGAAAAGGUUCUUCUCACUAGUAAAGUAUUAUUAUUGGGAUGAUCCUUAUUUAUGGAAGCAUUGCCCCGAUCAAGUUAUCCGAAGAUGCGUGAAUGAGUCCGAGAUGGUUGCUUGUGAUCGUUGUCAAAGAACCGGGAAUAUUUCUAGUCGAGAUCAAAUGCCGUUGUCCAACAUUUUGGAGGUUGAAAUAUUCGACGUUUGGGGAAUUGACUUCAUGGGACCUUUCCCACCAUCUUACAACAAUCUCUACAUUUUGGUAGCCGUUGAUUAUGUCUCUAAGUGGGUUGAAGCCGUGGCCUUGCCUACCAAUGAUGCCAAGAGUGUGCUCGGAUUCUUAAGAAAGAACAUCUUUACUCGUUUUGGUACUCCGCGUGCCAUAAUUAGUGAUGGAGGUACGCAUUUUCGUAACCGUUCUUUUAAUUCUCUUCUUGCUAAAUAUGGUAUUACACAUAAGGUUGCCACUCCUUAUCAUCCCAAAACUAGUGGGCAAGUAGAGGUUUCGAAUAGGGAAUUAAAACACAUCUUAGAAAAGACGGUUAGUGCCUCUAGGAAAGAUUGGUCCUUGAAAUUGGAUGAUGCACUAUGGGCCUAUCGAACGGCAUACAAAACACCCAUAGGUAUGUCCCCUUUUCGACUUAUCUUUGGGAAAGCUUGUCACUUACCCGUGGAACUUGAGCAUAAAGCUUAUUGGGCUGUCAAGACACUUAAUUUCGACAUGCAAGCCGCCGGUGAAAAGAGAACCGUGCAAUUGAAUGAGAUGGAUGAGUUCCGGAAUGAUGCAUAUGAGAAUGCAAAGAUUUAUAAAGAACGUACUAAGAAAUGGCACGACAAACAUAUUAUUCGGAAAGAUUUUUAUGUGGGCCAAAAAGUUCUUCUCUACAACUCUCGUCUUCGACUCUUUCCCGGAAAACUCAAGUCUCGAUGGUCUGGACCUUGCACGGUAUUGCAAAUAUUUCCGUAUGGUACUAUUCAAAUUCAACAUGAUGCUCUCGGCACUAUCUUCAAGGUGAAUGGACAACGUUUGAAGCCAUACUUGGAAGCAAAUUUUGAUCACCAAAAGGAGACCCUUGCUCUCCAUGAACCCAAGUGA